AUGCAGAGGUCCUUCGCCUGCCUCCUGGAGCAGAGCCAGAGCCGCGGCUCUGACCUGGCUCUCAGUGCCUCCUACCUGGAGAUCUACAACGAGCAGGUCCGGGAUCUGCUGAGCCCAGGGCCGCCGUGCGCCCUGCCCCUGCGGUGGAGCAAAACCUGUGGCUUUUACGUGGAGAACCAGCUCAGGGUGGACUUCGAGAGCCUGGAGGCCAUCGCUGAUCUGCUCCUGCAAGGAUCCCAGAGGCGACGGACCUCAGCACACGCCCUCAACAGGCACUCGAGUCGCAGCCAUGCUCUUCUGAGCCAGAGCAUCACCCCCCCAACAUGGGUCCCCCAGCCCAGCGCCUGCCCCAGCAAGCAAGGCACGCUGUGCUUCGUGGACCUGGCCGGCAGCGAGCGGGUAAAGGAGACCGGCUCCAGCGGGGAGCUCUCUGUGGAGGCCAACAGCAUCAACCGCAGCCUCCUGGCACUGGGACACUGCAUCUCUCUGUUGGCCAAACCCCGAGGGAAGCGGACGCAUAUCCCCUACCGGGACAGCAAGCUCACCCAGCUGCUGGCCCGCUCCCUGGGCGGCUCGGGCGUCACCCUGAUGGUCGCCUGCAUCUCCCCGUCCUCGCGCUGCCUCUCGGAGACGCUGAGCACGCUGCACUACGCCAGCCGGGCCCGGAGGGUCACCACCAGGCCCCUGGCCAACAGGGCAUCCCGGGAGAAGCUGCUGCGAACCUUGGAGGAAGAAAUCCAUGCCCUGCAGCUGGAAAACCUCUCCCUGCGCCAGCAGCUGUGCCUGCCCAGGCUCCCAUCGGAGGGAGCCCCGGCCUGGCCCAGCCUCUACGGCCUCCUGCGGGACUUCGUGGUGGAGAACGAGCAGCUGAGAGCCACCCGCAGCUCCUGUGACACCCAGCCCCCGCUCCGGAGUGCCCGCAGCCCUCACGUCCCCCCUGGCCACCCCGCGAGGCUCCGGCAGCCUGAUGUGACAGCCACCUCCGGCCCCCGGCUGCCGAAGCUGCGUCCUGCCUCCAGCCGCCCUGGCUGCCCCCAGUGCUGCCCCGCGCCAGCCGAUGCCAUCGUGUCCCAGGCACUGCUAGGGCCCCCCGCACUGCAGCUGGUCCCCGCCGAGGGAAGCACCGGCGUCCUGCCACCUGGCCAGGAGGACAUGGCUCUGCCCGGCUCCCAUCAGCUCCUCGGGCACCCCCAGCCGCAGCAGGGGAAGCGGUGA